CCCGGGAUGGGGGUGAAUGCUGUGCACUGGUUCCGAAAGGGGCUUCGGCUUCACGACAACCCCGCCCUGAAGGAGUGUAUUCAGGGCGCCGACACCAUCCGCUGCGUCUACAUCCUCGACCCCUGGUUCGCCGGCUCCUCCAAUGUUGGCAUCAACAGGUGGCGAUUUUUGCUUCAAUGUCUUGAAGACCUUGAUGCCAAUCUGCGAAAAUUAAACUCUCGUCUGUUUGUGAUUCGUGGACAACCAGCAGAUGUGUUUCCCAGGCUUUUCAAGGAAUGGAACAUUACUAAACUUUCAAUUGAAUAUGAUUCUGAGCCCUUUGGAAAGGAACGAGAUGCAGCUAUUAAGAAACUGGCUACUGAAGCUGGAGUAGAAGUAAUUGUACGAAUUUCACAUACAUUAUAUGACCUAGACAAGAUCAUAGAACUAAAUGGUGGACAACCACCUCUUACUUAUAAAAGAUUCCAGACUCUCAUCAGCAAAAUGGAACCACUAGAGAUACCAGUAGAGACAAUUACUUCAGAAGUGAUAGAAAAGUGCACAACUCCUCUGUCUGAUGACCAUGAUGAGAAAUAUGGAGUCCCUUCACUGGAAGAACUAGGUUUUGAUACAGAUGGCUUAUCUUCUGCAGUGUGGCCAGGCGGAGAAACUGAAGCACUUACACGUUUGGAAAGGCAUUUGGAAAGAAAAGCUUGGGUAGCAAACUUUGAAAGACCUCGAAUGAAUGCGAAUUCCCUGCUCGCUAGCCCUACUGGACUCAGUCCUUAUCUCCGAUUUGGUUGUUUGUCAUGUCGACUAUUUUACUUCAAACUGACAGAUCUCUACAAAAAGGUAAAAAAGAACAGUUCCCCUCCCCUUUCCCUUUAUGGGCAACUGUUAUGGCGUGAAUUUUUCUAUACAGCAGCAACAAAUAAUCCACGCUUUGACAAAAUGGAAGGAAAUCCCAUCUGUGUUCAGAUUCCUUGGGAUAAGAAUCCUGAGGCUUUAGCGAAAUGGGCAGAAGGACGGACAGGCUUUCCAUGGAUUGAUGCCAUCAUGACACAGCUUCGUCAGGAGGGUUGGAUCCAUCAUUUAGCCAGACAUGCAGUUGCUUGCUUCCUGACACGAGGUGACCUGUGGAUUAGUUGGGAAGAAGGAAUGAAGGUAUUUGAAGAAUUAUUGCUUGAUGCAGAUUGGAGCAUAAAUGCUGGAAGUUGGAUGUGGCUGUCUUGUAGUUCCUUUUUCCAACAGUUUUUUCACUGCUAUUGCCCUGUUGGUUUUGGUAGGAGAACAGAUCCCAAUGGAGACUAUAUCAGACGUUAUUUGCCUGUCCUAAGAGGCUUCCCUGCAAAAUAUAUCUAUGAUCCCUGGAAUGCACCAGAAGGUAUUCAAAAGGUAGCCAAAUGUUUGAUAGGAGUUAAUUAUCCUAAACCAAUGGUGAACCAUGCUGAGGCGAGCCGUUUGAAUAUUGAGAGGAUGAAACAGAUCUAUCAGCAGCUUUCACGAUAUAGAGGACUAGGUCUUCUUGCAUCAGUGCCAUCUAAUCCUAAUGGGAAUGGAGGCCUCAUGGGGUAUUCUCCUGGAGAAAAUAUCCCAGGUUGUAGCAGCAGUGGAAGUUGCACUCCAGGGAGUGGUAUUUUACCUUAUGCUCAUGGAGAUAGUCAGCAAACUCAACUAUUAAAGCAAGGAAGAAGCUCCACGUGCACUGGUCUCAGCAGUGGGAAACGUCCUAGUCAGGAAGAGGACACACAGAGUAUCGGUCCUAAAGUCCAGAGACAGAGCACUAAUUAGAAAACAUUCAGAAGGAAUACCAUUGCAGCAGAAAUUGGUGGGCAGUUCAAUACUUUUGCAGUUAAAUUAUUUUAAAAUGUUCUUCAUUAAUGGAAAACAGUUACAUAUUGAAAUGCAUUAUUUCUAAUAACAUUUCUGUAGUUUUUAACUUUUUAAUGAAUUUGACAUAGGACAAAUGGUAAUUUGUAUAUAAAGAACUUGGUAAAAGAAUUUGCUUAAUGUAAAUAUAAAUAGUCACAAUUAGU